CCUCCCCCCUCCCGUCUCUCGCCUCGCCUCCCCCAACGAGCGAGCCCAACACGCAAACGGAACGCUUCCUCGCCCCUCCUCCGCCUUAUCCUCUCCGAUGGCGUCCCUCACCACCACCACCUCCUCCCCGGCCGCCCUCCCGGCGGCCACCACCGCCUCCUCUGCGGCCGCGGCGUCGUCCAUCUCCCCUCACGCUGGGACAUCCAAGCGGCCGCUCCUCGCGGGCGACGACGCUCCCUGGCGCGUCGCGGCCACCGCCGCGGGGCAGGGGAUCCGCCCCGUCCCGCGCAUCCACCACGCCCCCGUACUCCGCGUCGCCACGCGGGACGAUUCUGCCGCCUACGCCCUCGCCGUCAUGAAGCAUCCGGAUCCGAUUGGGGAGGGGCUGGCCAUGGAGGCGAUCGCGGAGGCGGCCGGGCCGGAGUGCAUCGUGCCCGGGCAGCAGGCUCCGCUGCGGCUCAUGGGGCUCAAGAUUUGGCCCCUUGAUAUAGAUAUGAAGUUCCUAGAGCCUUUUGGACGGGAGUUACAUUCCAUGAAAAAGUUCAUGGACAAGUCAUGCAGUGUUAUGGACUCAUCUCUAGCAAAUAAGUAGGCACAUGGCAGAUUAGUACCGUCCAAUACCAGCUUUUGUUGUAUCCUCCUGCUUGCUGAAGUUACGAGACCCGAAAGAUAGAAAAUCGGAAGAAGAGCCAUGGAGAGAAACCACAUUCUUUGCAUAUCUCGAGCCACAUCACCUGAUGGAACGAGAUAUGGCAGUAACAAUUAGUGAGUAGUUCUGUAUGGAGCCCGGGCUCAGCCUCCGCCAAUAUAAGUGCUCUACAUGUUCCUAUGCAUUUAUGUCCGUGUAACGUUUACCCACUGAGGUUAUGUUGUCAGUUGCCAAGGGAAGAAAAAAAUAUUUUACAAUUUACCAUUUGUUCUGUUGCUA